UAUAUUCUACGUGCAUCACAGCUAAAACCAAAAUUGUUAUUGUGUAUACUCAAACUGAAAUUGAUUAAAGAUGGAAUCUACCACAAGUCCCAAUAAUGGUGUUAAACUGCAAAAUCCAACUCAAUUUAGCGGAUUUACGCCAGCUGGAUUACAAUAUUCAGCAGCAUAUCCGCAGCAAUCCGUUGCAACAAGUAGCAAGCCAAAGCUAGCGCCAACUGACAAUACGCAGCAGCAACUAUUGCAGCAGCAACAACAGCUCCAACAGCAGCAGCAAUAUUUGGCACAACAGCAACUGCAAGCGGAACAGGUGCAGUCCGCCUACCUGGAUAACCAGCGUCAGCGAUUGGCUUUUGAGCAGCAACAGCAACAGCUGCUGCAAAAGCUGUACACUCACUAUCCCGAUGUCUCUGGCCAGCAGCAACAUCUGCAGUAUGAGCAACCCGAGCAGCAGCAACAGUCUAUCAUUAAUACCGCCGGCAGUCGCUUCAUUACACGCCAACAACCGACGGUCUUUGGCAGCAACAACGGGUUGCAGCCACAACAGCAACGCCAGCAGCAACAGUACCCGUUUCAGUCACAGUUGCUGCCAACGCCAUCCAGCGAUUCAUACUCGACCCAGCAGCACAUGGGAUUCCUGCAGCAACAGCAGCAAGAUGUGCUGCGCGAUCAGCAGCAGAAUGUUGCACAACAGUUCGCCACUGGACAAAUUGCCCCCAGCACCACCAGCAGUACUAACUAUGGUAUGGCCGUUCCAGAAUCUUCCGUAAUACGUACUCCAUCGUACCAACCUGCGUCAGCCGUAUCCCAUUUUAGAUUCAGCAGCGGCAAUCUCAACUACAACUUCUAAGAAAACCGCCUGAGUUCACAAAGUGCCAGGCGCUGUUGUCGCACCUCGAAUCCAGUUCGCCAAAGUGGACCAAAUUAAACUGACUAUUUAAUAAUCAACUCACAUUUUUUUGUCAAACAUUUUUUUUUUUUUUUUGCUUUCAACUAGU